AUGCCAACACCAAUACCGCUAACAAAAGCCAAGAAUCCACCGCCACUGCCCCAUGAGCUGCAUAACAACAUCAACAGCCAUUAUGGCAGCAGUGCCGCGCUCAGCAACCAUCAUCCACAUCAUCAGCAACACCACCACCAACAACAACAGCAGUAUCAUCCAAAUACACCAACAAACAACACCAACACACAAGAAGCACCAACAACAGCAACAUCGGGUGCAAAUAAACAACAAACUCUAAACACUAAUACUCCAACAAAAGCAUCUCGUGAGGCAACUCCCACAAGGGAGCAGCAGCACGCCACGCCAACGAGGGAGCAACAGCAGCAACAAACACCGACCCGCCAGCAACUCAUUCAACAGCAACGCGAGCAACGUGAACAACGCGAUCAACGUGAACAACGUGAUCAACGUGAACAACGCGAUCAAAGUGAACAUCGCGAUCAGCGUGAACAACGCGAUCAACGCGAAUAUCAUCGCGAUCGACAGCAAAAUUUGCGUGAGCAACGAGAACAACGCGAACGGGAACACCAAGGACACGGACACGAACACCACCACCACCACGAUCACCACCAAGGACACCACCAAGGACACCAACACGGACACCAACACGAUCACCACCACCAUCAUCAUUCAUCGGCAUCACAGCAGCAACACCAACGCUACAGCAGCAGCAGCUACAAAUCUCAUAAUAAUUCCGUUUACCAGUAAACAAACUUAAACCAAAUUUUAACUAUUGGAGUCGCUAUAUUUGGGAAAAAUUCUUUCAAACUGCAACAGCAAUUCAAUCAGUAAACAGUUUAAUUGUGCUAACUUUUCCAAAAACCAAAAAAAAAAUCAGAAAAAUAUAUAUAAAAAUCAAAUCAAAUAUAAAACAGAAAAGAAGCCUAUGAAGUAAAGUCCUUUCCAACAUGCACGCCUAUUUUCACACUGAACAAAAAAAACGCGCUUGACAGAAAAUUAUAGUAAAAUUUUAUUUUAGAACAAAAAAUAAAUAAAAUGAUAAAUGUAUUUUGAAGGAGCCACCCCAGCUUAACUAGAACCCGUAGAAUUGUGUUGUGUUUUCAAAAAAUAAAAAUAACAAAAAAAAUGUCAACGAGAUGCUCAAAAACAAGAAACUAAAGCGAUGUCUAAUGUAAAGACAAUAUUUUACCGGAGAUUCUUAUAUUAUUUGUUUGGUUUUCCAGAAAUAUCAAAUGCAAAAUUAAAACACUGCCAACCAGAAGAAACCAUUCAGAAAAAAGAGCAUCUCUCCAGCUUGGCAACACGUAGAACCAAACCAGAAACCAAAAAUUAAAAUACUGAAGUCCUCAACUAGAAACAAAACCAAAGCCAAGACCUAAUCAGACCUUAGGAGUCCUAAGAUCCUUUAUCCUCUAUCGAACCACGAACCACACAUGCUAGUCAAAAUGUGUAAAUCUGUGUAAAACUCUAUAAAAUAUUAUUGUAUGAUUAUGAUUAUACUAUUGAUUAUAAAUCGAACAAUGUAGUUUAGACAGUUAGUCAUUACUUGUUUAAAAUAAUGGCGAGACAAAGUGUUUAGUUUCACGAGAUUACUGUAAGAGCAAUGUUAUAUUUGAUGAUGAUAAACCCACGAAAUCCCCAUGAGAAGAAUGCAACCACAACCGAAUAAGGCAUACAUUAAGAAAAACAAGAGCUUAAAAAUGUUUAAAAUUAUCAAGUAAAAUAUCUAAAAGUCCCCUAUAUACAGUAAGCAAGACGGAGAUGAUGCAGAGAUGAAAAAAAAAAAAUUAAGAAAAGUUAAAAACACAAAAAAAGUUAAUAAAACAAAAAAAACCGGCACAGACACUGUACAAUGCAAAAUAAUCAGCGAAUUAGCAAUUGAAUUGUUGCUUUUGUUAGAUACAAAAACAAGAACAAAAACACACUAACACACACAGGCACUAACACAUACGCACGGCAUAUUCACACACACACACAUGCGCAUUGCCAAAUUGAUUGUAUUUACAGCAGCUAAUUGAUAAAUUGAUAAAUGAAAUCAACAACAAACAAAUAUGAAGCCCACCUAAGCAAAUGAUAAUUUGUAUAAAUUAAAAAAUAAUCGUAAAAUUAAAUCACAAGCCAUGUAAAAAUUAUAAAUAAAUGCAGUAGCUACGGCCACAUAGAUACACACACCCACACAAACACACACUCACAUCAGCAGUCACUCGAAAAAAAAUAUCUAGCCCGAAAAGCGCAUUAUUCAAAAUUCUAGCCAAAAUAUUAAAUUUAAUUCUUGGAGUGUUGUGAGAUUAAUCAAAAGUUUAAGCUCCAAUUCAAGUUCCAGUAUUUUAGAAAACUGUUUUUUCAAAAUUAUAUUUCAAAUAUCCUUGAUCAAUCUGGCAACACUCUAGGCAUGUCCUUGUUAUUAGUACAACUUAAACUGCACGCUGCACAAUUUUUGAAUGUUUGUUAAAUGUUUUUAAGAGCAAAACCAACACCAACGAUAUCCUCUGAAAAAUUAAAGCCUAAAUCCCCAGCCAAAUAUUCCACUACAAUAUUAUCCCGAAAACAAAAACGGUAAACGAAUUAUGAAUCUGCUAAAGGAAAGGAAGCAUCUAUGCUAACUCUACCAUUGUAAAAUGCAAAAAAUAACAUUAAACGCUGUAGAGAAAAUCCAGAAAAAUGGAACGCUUAAAAUUUGAGGUUGAUUGGCAUUAAGUAAAAAGUUAAACGAUGUUGAAGCAGGAAGAGCCAGGCCGACAGGGCGCGAUCACGAGCAAAUAUUAAAUAAAAAUAAAAAAAUGAAACAACUUUAACAAGAGCACGGCAAACAACAACAAGUGCAACUCUUCAUAUGUAUUGUGUAAAAAAGAAUAUCCUUUUUAUAGAUCAAACAAAAAACAAAAAAUCCAACAUAUUUUUCGCUCUCUUUCCAAAUCUCUCGAUCUAUCUCUCUCUAUCACAAAUAUAUAUCUCUUUCACUCAAUCGGUCAAUGUUUAAUCAAUCGUUCGGCGAAUUUGUUGAUUUCGUUUGUUGUGUGUGAUAGUGUUUGGAAUAAAAUGAAAUUUUCGCAUGUCAUAUGAGCAAUUUGUUCACCAUAAGUCCACGAGAAGUUAACUUUGUGUCUAAUGAUAUCUAUAGUGGCAUAUCGGGUUCGAAGUUCGAACCCCAUGCCGGGCUUGUUUUCUUAACUACAAGGAUAAUUCUCUGCUUAGAUCUCUCUCUCUCUCUAUUAAUAAAUCCUUUUACGUACAUACAUAUAUGUCUCUGUGAAAAGUAAUUAAACAAAAUUAAUUAAAAAAUUGUGAAAUUGAUAUUGAAAUUGAAUCGUUAUAUGAGAUAUUUCACUUGUACUUUUGUUGACUAUUAUGUAAUUAAACGCUUUACUGAAUAUCAGUUAUGUACAUUAUUUAGCUAAAAAUGGAAAUUGUAAACCAAAAUCAAGCAAAAAGCUUAUGCUGUUACUUAUUGUUAGUGAAUUUACCAAAAAGAAAAAAAAAAAUUAAACCAAAACAUACAAGAAAAUGAAACUCUAAGAAAAUUAAACUCAAGUUAAAUUUUUCAAAAUUAUGAAAAUAAAAAUCAUUUUGCAAUGUUUAUGCGUGGAAGGGGCAUCCUGAAUAGGAUCGCCUUGUGAACGCACUUACGCCUUUGUAUAUUGCUAUAGAUUUUAUUGAGAAUGCUUAAAACUCAAACUUUGAUAUCUACGAGACGAAUAUCUAUUUAAUAUAAUAUACAAAUAAAACGUAAACAAAUACCGCAUAUAGAUCGUAUACUAAACUAUAUCUAAAUUGUAAACGACAAUGAAAAGCAAUUUUAAGCAAAAUCAAGGAAACAACUUCAAUUUCCACUUCAAUAACCCCACACACAUACCUACACAAAAGAGUUAAACCAUAAAUGUGAAAGAAAAUGUAUAGAACUAUAUAUAUCUAAUGAAUACCAGAGCGAAAAAGGCUAUCUAUAUGUUAUGCUAAUAAAAGGGUAAACGGCAUUUAAAUUCAUUCAACCAACCAAAAAAAAAAAAAAUAACAAAAUACAAGAAAAAACCACAUCAAACGCAAUUAAAAUUAAAGCUUAUAAAUAUCAUAUAAAUCUGAUUAUGUACCAUACUACAGAAACUCAAAGCCCAUAUACCACGUAAAUAUCGUAUCGUAAAUAGCAAUAGAAUAUACCUAGAUAUAGUUUAUAAUGAUAGCUAAGCCUCAGCAGAAGCAAACUUGUUGUAUGGUUAAGAUCGAGUUAGACUUUUAACCAGAGAUAAUCCAACUUGUAGAUAUUUCAAUAUAUCACAUAUAAAAAUAUAUGAUUGUGUAUAUUACCGGAUAGACAAGAACUAUACUAAUUUCUAGGUCUCGCUUUUGAGUUUAUCUUUCGAAAACCCCAACUGAUAUAUAUCAAGUAUAUUUUAUGCAUUCAGACCAGACCACAAAAGCAACCAACUACAAAAACAAAAAACAAA